UUUGAUACUACGCAGUAUCAUAAUUGUGACUUAAUUGAAUCACUUAUAGUAGUAAAUAAAAUCUGCGUGUUUUUGGCAAUCUUCAAACAUCUGUUGAAGAACAUACGCACGGUACAUUCUUCUCUAAGUUAUAUUCAGAUGGUAGCGAUGAAGCUAGUGCUAAUUUAUUUCACUUUGUGUACGAUGACAUUGUGUUCAUUUGGCGAUGGAUAUCGAAUACUUGGAGUAUUUCCAUACAGUGCAAAAAGUCAGAACAUCGUUUUCGAAGCAUUGAUGAAAGGUUUGGCGAAACGCGGUCAUCAGGUGGAUGUGAUUUCACAUUAUCCUCAAACGGAGCCCGUGAAAAAUUACAAUGUUAUUAUAAAUCUCGAAGGGUCUAUGGAAAACACGAUGAAUAAUUUCACAUUCCAAUAUAUCGCUAACAUAAAUAACGAUAUUAUUGCAAAUAUUGCUGAUUUCUAUGGUAAUCGUCUCUGUCAAUUCCUGGGCUCUGAACAAAUACAAACUCUAAUAAAAAAUCCACCGAAAGAUCCACCCUAUAAUCUUAUAAUUAUAGGGGCUUUCGGGGCACAUUGCUAUUUCGGACUUGGGUAUGUUUUCAAUGUACCAGUCGUGGCUAUUUCAUCUUCAAUGGAAUAUCCUUGGGUUAGCCAUUUCAUAGGAAACGAUGAAAAUCUCGCAUACGUGCAUAAUACUUUUCACAUUGGUAUCGGCCGAAUGAGUUUUAUCGAACGUCUCAAAAAUGUUAUUAGCAAUUAUAUUGCGGUACGUCGUUUUCAUAAAUUGACGGAAAAGAUUCAAACAGAUGCCAUGCGAACAUACUUACGCCCAAAUAUUCCCAACAUCAGAGAAGUAGAAAGAAAUAUUGCUUUGACAUUGGUGAACUCGCACCACGUGUUAUUUGGAGUUAAGCCUAUUGUACCAUCUUUGAUACAGAUCGGAGGUUUACAUGUCGAAGCGGGGAAUGAAACGUUACCUGCAGAACUUAAAAAAUGGAUGGAUGAAAGUUCAAGUGGAAUAGUAUAUUUUUCUUUUGGAUCGAUGAUUCUAAUUGAGACCUUCCCUGCAAACCAAUUACGAGAAAUAUUUGCUUCGAUCGAAAAAAUGUCACCUGUAAGAGUUUUGAUCAAAAUAUUUAAUAGUACUAUGCUGUCUCAAAGCAUACCUAGUAACGUGAAAAUUAUGCCUUGGAUGCCACAACAAGCAGUUUUAGCUCAUCCAAAUACGAAAGUAUUCGUUACUCAUGGAGGACUUGGAGGAACACAAGAAGCCCUUUACUACGGCGUACCUAUGAUAGGUAUACCUUUGUUCGGUGAUCAAUUUCGCAAUGUUCAAUCGUUCGUUGAGAAACAAAUGGGAGUAAAAAUUGAUUACAAGCAAUUGAACGGCAAGACUAUGGGCGCUGCCUUGACUGCUUUACUCCAUAAUCCUACUUACCAAGAAAAGGCCAAGUAUUAUUCAAAACUAUUUCGAGACAAUCCUAUAAGACCAAUGGAUAAGGCAGCUUUUUGGAUAGAGUAUGUGAUUAGAAAUGGCGCUAACGUUUUGAAAUCUCCAGCUCUAGAACUGUCUUUCCUGCAGUUAUCUCUGCUAGAUGUUUAUUUAACUAUAUUGUUUUUUAUAAUAAUUACUACAUUUGUGUUGUGCUGGAAUUUGAAAAUGAUUCUGCAGUUUCUUAUACGAAAAUAUAGACAUGUAGCUCCGGCCAAUAUUGUUAAAAAACGUGAAUAA